UCGUCCGAAUCAUAAGGCUCCUCGUUGCGAGACCGAUUAACACACGUUCUUCAUGUUUCAUAUUUAAUUUCAAUAAAACGUCAAAACAACAAUUACAAUCGGUCGUGUUCAGAAAGAGUUUAUGAUUAGGGAAGGUAUCACGUGAUAUAGCAAGUGAUCUAAAGAUGAAGCGGAUUGGUUGGAUGGUGAUGUGCCUUUUUCUGUUGGCGUCAUUUUCAAAUAAAGUGUUAUCCGAUAAACGAACAGAUGUUAUUUAUGGGUCCAACCAAAUCGAGGAACUACGAAAUAACAAAUUAACGACAGUUUCGAACAAUUCUUUAAUAGAUCGUGAUUUCGAAAAUGUUCGACACUUUUUCGAUGAAAUAUUCGAUGGAAACGUAAUCGAAGGAAAAGGGAUCGAAACAGGCCGUACUUUUGGCAUCAAGAGAUUACAAUUUAUGUUGAUGCCAAUGAUGUACAAAAUGGGAGUGAUGAUGACGCUAUUGACGGUGCUCACUGUGAUUUCUUUGAAAGGUCUUUUAAUCGGGAUCAUUCUAUUAGUACUAAAAUUGAGUAGUUUCUUUGCCAAGUUUUAUGCUGGUUGGAAUCAACAACACGUACCGCAUUCCUGGUCGCCUCAACCGAUUCAUGUACACGUUCACAAUGAUCUUCCUUACGCUCACGGACAAGCUUAUCAUGCUUGGCAAACCGCUAACGGACCUGAAGACGAAGAACAUUAUUAUUACAAGGGAUAA